AUCACGGAUAGUGUAACGGUUAGAUUGCUUGCCAAAAUCGGGAAAGGAAUUGCACGAUACAAUAUAGUAUUUCUCCCCGAAACUAACAAAAAUGAUAUCUUGCGUAGAGAAUUUGAUGAUGAGGAGUGGCAAAUUCUUGAAAAUGUAUUUUACAAGAAAGAUAACGAAAUUAGCUUGGAAGUCCCACCUCAACUUCAUAAAGUUGAGACUAUUUUGAACGAAUAUGAUGAAUCAUUGGAGAAAGCUACAGAGGAUAACUUUGUUGAUCUUGAUUCAGUCUUAUUUGUGCCUAGUUAUCAAGGCGAUUACAAAUUUCGAAAACACUGGUUGAUGAAAUGGGUUGAUAACAUAUUUCAAAGAUU